CCCCCUCGACGUCCUUGCCAUCUUUCGUACUGCAGUCUCUGGACCCCAGCCUCCGCUUCCUCUCGCCAUGAAUCCCAACUGCUCCUGUGCCGCAGGUGGAUCCUGCAGGUGUACCAGCUCCUGCAAAUGCAAAGAGUGCAAAUGCACCUCCUGCAAGAAGAGCUGCUGCUCCUGCUGCCCCGUGAGCUAUGCCAAGUGUGCCCAGGGCUGCAUCUGCAAAGGGGCCUCGGACGAGGGCAGCUGCUGCGCCUGAAGGAGGGGAGGACCUGCUCCCAGGUGUAAAUAGAGCAACGUGCACAAACCUGCAUGUUUUUUUAUACAACCUGACGCGUUUGCUACAUUCCUCUUUUUUUUUUUUUUUUGACCUAUAAAAUACAAGAAUGAUAAUAAAAGUGGUUGGC